AUGCCGUGUGCCACUAAAGGAGAGGCUUCACCUCCCGUAACCACACCAGUGGGACGUGACGGGUGCCUUUGUGUCGUUACAUGGCAGACUGCAGGGCGCAUGUCACUACAAACAUGUGCUUUGGAAUCUGCUGCAGAUGCACUAGUUUUCUUACGCAACAACUUACCGGGAAUUGCACUGUGUGGUUUAUGGGUGGACAUGCAGAAGUGCAGUGAAGAAGAGCAUCGGCAAGUUUUACAGCUGCUUUACCCAAACAUGCAGCCGAGUCACGUGGAGGCUGUGCUUGCAAAUGAUAUGUACGACGUGGUGGAGUUGCAACCUACGGAAGGUGAGUAUGUUGUUGGCUGCCUUUCGUGUUCCCCGAGCCACGGCGGACCGUUUCCUGCUGCAACCGCUAUGUCGCGCACUGAGUUAGGUUGCGAGGAAGGGGUUUUGUGCUCGUUUGUGUGUAGUGAGCGUGUACUACUGACGCUGCAUACAGCACCGUUUGCCGGUCUCGCGGAGUUAUUUCGUCAUGUUCUGAGGGACAACUCCCAGUGGCCCAUGAGUAUGUCGGCUAUCCUUUGCACCCUCGUGUGUUACACAUGCGAAUUGAGCCUUCCCGAUCCUACGGCCCUAAUUGGGGAGGUGGAUUGUAUCGACGAGAUGAUGCUGUUGGUUGCCCCGGGAAAGCGCGACCAAACGGAUAUGCUCCGACGGGUAGCUUUACUUCGCCGCCACCUUUCGGCAUUGAACCGAAAGCUACAAGAAAAAGCGAAACUUAUCUCAGAGAUGACUGGUCCUGCAAUGCGUACGACUUUUGUGUCACGUGAGUUGCAUUUGGGUUAUAUGUAUCGGGAGGCGCUUGAAGGACUUUCGCAAGUGCUGUCACGCCUCGAGUGUGCACAAGAUACACUGGAUCAUGCAAACCUCAACUUUAUGUACGCCAUAACAAUGCGGAUGUCGCAGACGUCAGCGGGUUGCGAUCGCCAAGUUAUGAUUGUUAACAAGAUUGCCACUAUUUGCCUUCCAGCCAUUCUGGUGGCCUCCUUGUUUGGAAUGAACUGCAAGGUGCAGUGGGUGGCAGACGACUGCGACAGUCUUUACCCAUUUUGGACUAUUGUUGCUCUCAUGAUAGUUUGGAUGGCUGCUCUCCUGUUUCAACCGGUCCGUGACCUCAUCAGGGAAAAGGGUGGAUAA